CAUAAAAGGUAGAUUCUUUUAAUGUGCAAAUCAUACAAGAACUUCAACAAAAUGAACCAGCACCUUUGUCUUCUGAAACCAUACUUGGACAACCAAAAAGAAAAAAGUUACUUGAUAUUUCUUUUUUUUUUAAGUUUCAAAGAUAAAUAUCAAACUUAUAUAAGAAAUUUCCUGAAAAUUGACUUGAGAAAAUAAAGUGUAACAAUGGAGUUUCGAAGCAAAAUCACAAUAAAUGGUAAACAUUUAGAAAAAAAAAAGUUACUUUGUUUAUUCUUGAUAUUCUAAUUUCUGUGCUGAAGUAGGCCGGCAGUCGCUAGGGGUCACAGACGGUUUUUUUCAGAGGUUUUUGAGAUGGUCGGUAGUGCAGUGACAGAAGAGUAAAUGUAGCCUUCACGUAGUAAUUAGUUCCAUAAUGCAGGGCUUGUUAUGCAAGAAGAACGAAUAAGAAAUGUCGAAGGAAGUUCCCGCCGUGUUUCUUCCUCGUUCUCGCUCUCUUUCUUGUUCUCCGGAAUAGAAGGAAAGCAGGAGGCCACAACGCCCAGAAAAUCCAUUAAUUGUUUAUCGGCAGAGAUUUUACACGGCAAUGAAAGGACGCUGCAGAAAAUCGGGCAAAGGCCGGAAACAGGCAAAGCCGUCAGAAUCUGAUGACGAGGAUUAUAACCCAGAUACCGACCUUGCGAAUACCUCUAGAAGUAGAGGCGACAGUGAAGAAGACAAUGACGAGGCUCAACCGUAUAAAAGACAGAAGAUUACGAAUGAGAAGGGAGAGAAGAAGAAGAAGCGGGCUAAAAAGUCUCAGAAGGUUUUGUUGGGCUGGCAGGUAAUCGAAAGGGAAUUGGAGGAGUCUUUGGUUGGAAUUCAGGAUGUCUGUGAGUUGGAUCCUUCUCUCCGGGAUGAUGGCAUUCCUGAAAUAAUGGAAACACCCGUUCAGUUGGUUAUGCCCCUGUUGAGGUUUCAGCAAGAAUGGCUGGCUUGGGCUGUGAAGCAGGAACAAUCGGAGUUGAGGGGUGGCAUUCUUGCCGAUGAGAUGGGUAUGGGGAAAACCGUACAAGCAAUUUCACUAGUUCUUGCUUCUCGGAACAAAUCAUUGUCGUCAACCUCAGAGAUGCCCACAACCAAAUGCACUCUAGUGAUUUGCCCUGUUGUUGCUGCCAUCCAGUGGAUAAAUGAAAUUGGUAGGUUUACUGUUCCAGGAAGCACCAAAGUGUUGCUCUAUCACGGUCCCAACAGAACAAAAAAUAUCAAUGGUUUCUUGAAUUAUGACUUUGUGGUGACCACAUAUGCGAUUGUGGAAUCUGAAUACCGUAAAAAUAUGAUGCCUGCUAAGGAGAAGUGCAUAUGGUGCGGAAAGAUGUUCUAUCAUCAUCGAAUGGGUAUCCACUUAAAGUACUUUUGUGGGCCUAAUGCUCAGAAGACAAGAAAGCAAGCAAAGCAAGAAAAGAAGAGGAAACAGAACAUAAGUCAGUCCAAAGCUAAUAAAGCUAGCCAGCGCACGUUGAAGUUGGCACAAGGGAGAGCUUCUACAUCUGAAUCCAGUGAAGUUCACGUGGAUGAAGGGCCAUCAGAUAGAGGCAAUUCACACGGAGGAAAACCAUCUUUGCAUUCUAUUAAAUGGGAGCGCAUUAUCUUGGAUGAGGCACAUUAUAUCAAAGAUAGGUGCUGCAGCACUGCAAAGGCUGUUUUUGCAUUAGAAUCUUCAUACAGAUGGGCUCUGAGUGGAACUCCUCUUCAAAAUCGUGUUGGGGAGCUUUAUUCUCUGGUACGAUAUCUUCAGGUAUACCCGUAUUCAUAUUACUUUUGUAAGGACUGUGACUGCAAAAUACUUGAUUACAGAUUUGAAACUGCCGGUGACAAUUGCCCAACAUGCAACCACACAGGUCGAAAACAUUUUUGUUGGUGGAACAAAUAUGUGUCAAGACCUAUACAACGCUGGGGAUACAAGAAGGAUGGUAAGAAAGCUAUGGUCUUAUUAAAGCACAAAGUUCUAAAAAACUUGGUGCUUAGACGAACCAAGAAAGGGAGGUCUGCUGAUCUUGUUCUGCCACCAAGGACGGUUGUUUUGAGGCGGGAUUAUAUGGAUAACGUGGAGGAGGAUUUCUAUGAAGCUUUGUAUACCCAAAGCCAGUCACAGUUCAGCAGAUAUGUUGCAAAAGGAACUGUUAUGAACAAUUAUGCUCAUAUCUUUGACCUACUUGUACGAUUGCGACAGGCAGUUAAUCAUCCUUAUCUGGUGGUCUGUUCAUCAACAAGUGAUCAAUAUGAAAAAGGUGAUUCACAAGUUUUUUGUGGCUUAUGCGGGCUUGCAUCAGAUGACGUUGUGGUUACUUCUUGUCAGCAUGUAUUUUGCCGAGAAUGCUUGCUGAACUUUUCCAAAGAGCAGGAUCAGUGUAUCUGUCCACAUGCAAGUUGUACAAAGCUUCUCACUCUUGACUUUAACAAAGGCAGACAGGAUGUUAGCAAGUCCUGCAAGCGUUUGAGCAUAUUGAGUCGUAUUUGCCUUGAUGAGUUUAAAACAAGUACAAAAAUUGAUGCAUUGAAAGAAGAAAUCAGGUUCAUGGUUGAGAAGGAUAGUGCUGCAAAAGCGAUUGUCUUCAGCCAGUUCACUUCGUUCUUGGAAUUGAUACAGUUUUCACUCCACAAGUCUGGUGUGAAAUGUGUGCUUCUAGUUGGAUCAAUGUCCAUCAACGCUAGAGAUGAUGCAAUCAGGACGUUUACCGAUGACCCAGAAUGCAGGGUGUUUCUUAUGAGCUUGAAAGCUGGGGGAGUAGCUCUAAAUCUCACAGUGGCUUCUAAUGUCUUCUUAAUGGACCCUUGGUGGAACCCAGCUGUUGAGCAGCAGGCACAGGAUCGAAUACAUCGAAUUGGGCAAUACAAGCCAAUUAGAGUGGUAAGAUUUGUAAUUGCGAAUACAAUUGAGGAGAGGAUUCUGAAGUUACAAGAGAAGAAGAAAUUAGUGUUCGAAGGGACCGUUGGUGGUUCGUCAGAGGUACUGGCAAGACUAACAGUGGGGGACCUUUACUUCCUCUUCCAAGUCUGACUGAAUAUGUUAUCACUAGAUCAAGAGUUGGCUGAUUAUCAUGCGUGCAGCACUGACUGACGUCAUGUGGAUGUGCAUAUACCUGUGGCAGGCACAGAAAGGGACCUACUGUCAUUUAACUGACAAAUGGUCGAAUUCCAUAUCUAAUUUUCUGGAAGUAGGUGACGGAACAAUGAUGUAACUAAUGCCUUGAAUUUUCACCGGAUUCUGAUAAUUGCAUUUUUUGUUUCAAGAUGAUAACUAUGUAAACGGUGUUUGUAACUGCUGCUUACGUGUGUAGCGUUGGUUUCUUUCAAGCAACUUGAGAUUAUUGCUGCAACAAAAUCUUGCAUGUGAAGGAUGAGAAAGCCACUCAUCAUGUUGUAACUUUCAAGUUAAGUAGCUACGAAGUUUUGUACA